AGUAGCAUGGCUCCCCUUUAGUUCACACGUCGCGGGGUUGUCUCCAAAUAAAUAGCUUUAAAAUAAAUAAAACAUUAAAUUAAUUGACUGAUAGAAUUAGAUUAAAUUAUUAUAAGUAUUUUUAUUUAGUGUACCUUAGUUAAUGUAGUAUAUUUCGUGUUUUUUUUUUAAUUUAUUUUAAAAACAGUUAAAUUUAAAAAGUGAAUCAAAAUGGCCGAAAACGAAGUAAAGGUUGUAGACGAAGUAAAGUCUUCAGAAAAAGUGACAUUUGACGAAGCUCUUAAUCAGUCAGGAUUCGGGUUAUACAGCUACAUAAUGACAUGCCUCACCGGGAUAGCAGUCAUUGCCUACGUCAGUAUAGCUUACGCCAGCACUAUCAUAGUGCCGACCAGCGCCUGUGAGCUGGAGACCACUAUCAGUCAGCAGGGAUUGUUGGCUUCUGGACCUACUGUCGGAUCAAUGAUUGGCGGUUUGAUAUGGGGCUACUUGGCCGACACUCGCGGCAGACGCAAGAUGAUGUUGGUGGGGCUGUUCAGUGGCACCAUAUUCAACCUCAUCGCCAGCAUCUCUGUCAACUGGGUCAUGUUGCUGAUCAUCCAGUUCAUCGGUUCCGCUUGCGGUUCUGGUUUCUACGCUAUGUCGAUGUCACUUUUAAGUGAAAGUGUUCCUGUGGCCAAGCGAAACCUGGUCGUCUUAGUAGUCUCCAGUAUUUUCAUGCUCUCUCAGGGUCUUAUAUCAGGAUUGGCGAUACCUAUAAUUCCGAUGCCCUUCUCCCACUACCUCCCCGCUCUGGGCAUCUACUGGAACUCCUGGCGGCUGCUGAUAGUGAUCUACUCCAUACCCAGCAUCGUCUCCUUCAUCUGGAUGUUCUUCAUGCAGGAGAGCCCUAAGUUCGUGUACCAAGUCAACAGAGACCCUGAAAGAGCACUCGAAAUCAUCAGGAAAAUUCAUAGGGUCAAUCAUUUGUUUUCGAAGGAGGAAUUCACGGUGACCGGAAUCGUAGAUCCAGAAGUAAAUGAGGUACCUGAAGAAAAGAGUUCAAUGAAGGACCAGAUAGUGCCACUCUUCCAAACCCCUCUUCUAAAAUACACCAUCAUCGUGAUUGCCCUCCAAUCAUUCAGACAAGUUGCAGCGUUCUUCGUGUGGCUGCCGACUAUCUUGAACCAGUUCGUGCUCAUCGUGGAAACUGGCGAGGGAACUGAUCUCACCAUGUGCAACAUUAUUGACAUGGAGACUCCCGUUGUUGAGGAUUCAGUCCCCUGUGCCCUGGACGAAACAUCUCUGCUAAUAGUGUUGGCUUUCACAGCGCUCACAUUUAUCGUCAACGUCUUCCUCACCACGAUCAUUCACAAAGUGGGUCGCCGCAACAUGGUGAUCAUAAUGACAGCCUUGAGUGGAAUAUGCGGUAUCCUGGUGAAUCUGAUCCCCAAUGCGGUCGCCAGUCUCAUAAUGUUCGCCAUCUUCUUGACCGGAAUUGUCGUCGUUGGCUUCUAUACUGCCAUUACCGUGGCUGUAUUCCCUACUCAUCUUCGUGCGUUAGCCAUCGCCCUGCCCAUGACAUUUGGACGUCUCGCGACCUUCGCUUCUAUACAAAUUCUGAAUCUGAUGUUGGCAACUAGCUGUGAUGCUGGCUUCUACCUCUUUGCUACUCUUUUCGGAUCUUCAGCGAUUGUCGCGUCUUUCCUGCCCGAUGACCGUAAAGCACAGCCAAUCGUGCUAGAAAAGAAAGAAGAAAGUGCUGAAAAUCCCGAUGACACACAAAAAGCUUCAAAACUAUAAAGCUUUAAAGAUAUGAUAAAUUCUUGUUAAAAAUGCAAAAUGUAUAAAUUACCUCUUGUAUGUCGCUAACUGUAAAACAACUGAAAAUGAAAUGUGUCUGCGCUCCGACAUACAACGGGUUCUAUAAAUAGAUGGUCUCUUAGAUUUAAGCUUAAUUUAUUUAUUAUGUCGACUCUGUAUUAUUUAUUUGUAUAGACUAAGUAUUAAAAUAUACCUAAGUUAUUUGUUCACAUAAA